AUGAAGCUCUCUACCAUCCUCUGCAUCGCCAUGAGCAGCCUCGCAGCUGCUCAGGCUCAAGACAAGCCUAAGCCCACUGCGCUCCCAUCUGGCGUCCCCAAGCCCAGCGAAAGCGUGCGCCCACCACCAAGCUCCUCCGGUGUGCCUCUUCCAACGGUCCUUCCUCCCCGCCCAUUACUGGCGAGUGGUCGUCCUACACCUCCAUCUGGCUCACCUGCUCCACCUCCAUCUGGUUCACCUGCUCCACCUCCGUCUGGUUCGCCUGCUCCUCGGCCUUCGGAGAGCAAAAAGCCUCGCCCCUCUGAAAGCAGCAAGCCCCGUCCAUCUGCCAGUGGCAAGCCUCCGAUUCCCACCCGAUCAGCGCACUCGCGUUCCUUCACCAUCUCCGUCCGCCCCACUCCUUCGGCUCCUUCUAAGCCUUCCGGUACUGGUAGCGUUGGCAUCCCACCGAAGCCCACCCCUCCUAAGGAGGAGUAG